AUGAAUGUAUGGAAUAAUUUUUGUAUCUCUGUAAAAUAUUUUAAAUAUUACACAUUUAAGAACCACUCAUCGUAUCGCAUAAUCAGAAUUCCAAUAGAAGAUAAAAGCCCAUUGUAUUUUAAGUCAAUAAAUGAGAAACUACUAGAACCUCAAGAAAUAAGUUCUGCAAGUAGAACUAAACUCCUCGGUAUAUAUGAUGUAAUCUCAGACUCAAAUGUCAGAAAGAUACUUGAUGAUAUGUACUAUAAUAAGUUGGUGGAACAAACAUCACAUAUAAGUUCCACACUUAUUCCAGAAGAUUACGCUAAGAUUUUCAAUAAAUUCAGACAAUUCCCCAAAAUUAGUCAAGAAUAUGUACAGCACCUGAACUUAGAAGUUCAAAGAUUGUCAAAAAACUUCACAACCAAACAAAUAGCAAUUUUGCUCAGGUCGUAUGCCCAUAUUAAGUCCAGAUCUGUAAAGACUAUUACUGACCUAAUAGAAACGUUUAACAAGAAGUUUGAUGACUCAGAGGUAUGGGAACUUAGAGAAUUGGUUUCAGCUCUGGCUUCUCUUAAUAUUCCUUAUUAUGGGAACACAAAGACCCUUUUUGACCAAACUGUGUCAAUUCUACCUAAGAGCCUUAAGACCAUGGAUCCCAAUGAUAUAGCAGUAUUUGUGAAUUCUUUCACCAGACUUCAUGUUCCACAUAACGAAAUUUUACAUUUUAUUGAGAUGAAUAGUAGUAGAAUAGUAAAUAAUAUUCUCCCCAAGAAUCUAUCACUCAUAUUAAAUUCCUUUGCGAAAAACACCAAAUUCUCUGAUAGCUUUAUGGAUUGUUGCUCUAAAAAACUAGUUGAGGUCUUCUCAGAUACUGAGUCAGAUUUUUAUAAUAAAAUGAAUGUGAUUGACGUCUCAAUUAUGCUUAAUUCAUUCGCGAAACUUGAGUACUUCGACCAAAAACUGUUCAAUUUGUUCAUACCAUGGUUGAUAGAAAAGAUAAAUGGAGAAACCAAAACUUUGUCAUUGGUUCUGAUAGCACACGCUUACUCCCAGUCAGGAGUUAGGAGUAAGGAUUUGUUUUCAAGAAUAGCACAUCAACUAAUAUAUAGAGUAUCUAACCUAAAUCCACAGCAACUGGGACUAGUUUCACUUUCCUACGCUAAAAUAGGCUAUUCACCCUCACUUUUGUUCCAUAGAAUCGCAGACGAGAUUAUAUAUAGAGGAACGAUAGGACUUAAAUAUGAAAGAUAUGACUUUGACUUUCAGUCUCUGGAGCAGAUAACCCAGGCAUUUAGUAGGAUAAGGUUUAGGGAUAAGAGGGUUUUCUCAGUUUUAACCACACUCCUAAAGUCAAAAUUAAAAAAUAAGAGAGAAGAUAUAAGCGGAGAAAUGCUAGCUUCAUUAAUGGUUUCCUUUUCUAGAAACAAAGUUGAUGGGUCGGUUCCCUUUGUAAACCAAGUUCUAGAAAACCUGGAAAAUUAUAACGCGUUUAGCACCAUUUCUCUUUCAAAGGUUUUAACUUCAUUUCAUAGACUUGGAAUUAAAAAUUCUAAGUUAACAGCUAAAUUAUUGAAAGAGACGAAACAGAGAGUUAACCAGUUUAUACCAUCCGUUCUAAUUAAGUCUUUUAAGGCUCUUUCAAUGCUCAAGAUAUAUGACCCAACCUUGACCAAGGAGGUUAUUAAAAGGUGUUCUCUUCAGUUGGCCAACUUGUCAACAAUUGACCUUACAAACUUAGUGUACUCUUUAUCAGAACUAUCUUAUCGUAAUGUAACUUUCCUCAAAAAAUUGUCCGUUUGCAUUAAUUAUCAACUAAAUGACUUCAACAAACACCAGCUGCACAUUAUUUUUUCAAGACUUGCUAUGCUCAGGGUUUCUGACCUGGACCUGUUAACCAAACUGGUUUAUAAAAUAUCAGCGGUUCAGCACGAGUUAAAUGAAGUUCAGAAGUCUGAAAUUUCAAUUUCACUAGUGUACACAAUUACACAUUUCGACUGCUUAAACAAGGACAUUUUGGAAAGUUCAGGGCAAUUGGGUAAACUUUAUCAAGUUCCAGAGUAUUUUUAUAAUAUUCUUGAUCAUCUUUUGGGUCUUCUUGACCACAAAAUGAACAUUAGUACAGUGUUCAAACUCAAGACCAUAUACCUCUUUCUUAAAACUAAACCAGAAAAGUUUAUGACCAUCUCAAAAAAAUCUAAAGACCUUCUAGAAAAGGCAAACUCAAUUCAAUUUAGUUUAGCAGAAUAUUUGUUAACAUCUUCUUCUGCUCAUAAGGAAAUCUCCCAUUAUUUAAAUCUGAUUGGGUUAACUCACAAAAAUGAAGUUCAAAUUGGUCCUUACUUAGUUGACAUAGUCCCAGUGUGUGCAGAAAAUGUUGCCAUCGAGUAUGAUGGGCCUUCUCAUUUUUAUGUUGAAACGGUGAUGAGGAACAUUAAAUCCAUUUUAAAACAUGAGGUUGGUUUAUAA